GAGCGAGUGAGUUGCUCUCAUCUCAGUCUCCGCGGCACGCACGGAGAUAGCAGGAGCGCAAGCUGCAGUCUCGUGCUGCACAGUGAGCGAAAACAAGAAGAAAAAAAAGCUAAAGAAAAAUAAACAAAGGAAAAAAAAACUUUAUUUGAGUAAGGAAGAAAAAGAAAUGAAAGAAGAAAAAUACGUGUGAUCUUCAAAACCUUGGAAACAUUAAUGAUGUUGCGUAAAACGAGUGUGUAACUUCGGCUGAAGCGGCGUGUUUAGUGAGAGGCUCUUACAGCAGCAGCAAUAAGCAAACAUGGCGCUGCGAGGCAUUACGGGGCUGCAAUAAUUGCAGGAGUUCGUGGACCGUCGCCACCUGUACUAACUACCCUGGCAUUAUACACUAAAACCUGAAGUUGCUGUCAGUCCACGGAAUAUCGAAAUUGCAAGGAUCGGGAUUUUUAUAAACAGGUCUGUAAUUCUGAGGAUGUCUAGAUUUUCUUUUUAGCGCACAGUGUCCUCCCUACUGGAAAUACAUCGUGACUCGUUGGAUCGCUAGAGAGAAAGUGUUGACUUAUCGGUAUGUGCACGAUUAGAAAGGGAUAUUAAAAAGGAUCGCGGAAACGUAACAUCUUCUAAUUGAUGAAUCUAGGUGGAUUGCAUAUGCUAAAAAAAGUAAUUUAUUUUGUAAAAGAGGACUUUGAUUGUGUUCUUAGCGGCACGGGAUAUCAGAGUCAACUACGAGGAGAGUAUUGGCUUGGAUUUUUUUUUCUUUAGAAAAACAUACACGACCAGUGUCUGUUUUGAAUUCUUGUGGUUUUAAAACUUUAUCAGAACCUUCCAAUCACACCGAUUAGUGGCCAGAACCACACGGAUUUAUAUUCACCUUAUUUCUGAUUCAGGAGCGAGCCUCGGAAUAGAAAGGCGCCGCAGCGCGAGGGGACGUCAUGCUCUCCGCAACACCCUUGUAUGGGACCGUUCACAGCUGGAUGAACAAUGAGAGGGUCCGCAUGUGUGGAAUUAACGAGGAGAGGAAAGUCCCAGUAGCCGAUGGAGAAUCCCAGAAAAGCAGAUUGGAAUUGAGGGAAGAGAAUCACCUUGCACCCAACAUGGUGGAUGCCAGUGCAGCACGGAGGAACACGCUGGCAGCCCUCAGCAUGGACCGGAGCAGCCUGAUGGGUGUCCAUGGGGGGAUGAUUUAUCCAGGGAUCCGGGCACUCUCCACUGGCACUGACAAGAGUAGGGAGGGCAUGCCCUUGGGUUACAUCAGUGACCGCGUGCCAGAGUUGCGCUACAAACCCAUGGCCGCUGUGUCUCCAGAGUCGCCACUGGAAAACGGGAAGCAUUCUAAUGGCUAUGGCGGCCUCUACAAGACCUCUCCUCCAGGACUGCAGAAGCCAGUGAUGGUCCCUGGUGGGGGAGAGGCUCUGGGGUUAGACCGUGGAUCGGUUGUUGAAAAACACACUGAACUGGGCCUGAACGGCAGCAGCUACUUUCGACUCCCCUGGGUCAGCCCUUACCUCGAGGCUGGAGUAUACCCCUUCCUGGACCCUGCAAACAAAUAUGCACUUAGCAUGUACAAGGCGUCCUUUCUUUCCCAGCAUUCCCCCUACCUGCCACAGCACUUGGCCUACUCACCCCUGUGUGGCGGCGGGGCUGGCGCAGGAAGUGAACGCUUUCUCUACCUUCCUCCUUAUGCUCCGACACACAUGCCUUCUUCAUUAGCGUCCCCCAUGAGGAUCCCUACAGCCGCCACUGCCACCACCGCCCCCACCCUUUCCUCCCUUAUCCACUGUCAGGAGAAGAGCCUGUCUGGGAUCAGUUCCAGGAUGCACCAUGAGCCGUCUGCUUUUGGGCCCCACCACCAGCAGUCUCAACAGCUCCACCACCAGCAGCAGCAUCAAGCACAGCAGCUGCAGUCACACAGCGACAGGCAGCACAGUAGCAAGCAAAGCCGGACGACCUUGGGUAAAGGGACUAGCGGUGGCAGUCUUGCAGUGGACUCCCCACUCCUUCUACUGCAGUCGCCCCACACAACCUCUCGCCUCCAUCCACCUACCACCCAACCCCUUAGCCUCAGGGAGAACCCCCCAGACUUUCAGAAGCCUCUCCCCAGGGUUCCAGCAACCCCCUGCCCAUCAGUGUCCCUUCCUUUCUCCUGGCCUCCCGGCAUGGCCCCUGAGAACCCUUCUCCAGCCCGACCUGCCACCCAUAAGCCCAAAUCCCGGGAUGCAGCAACAGCUGAAUCCCGAAACAGCGAGCGCCAGGAGCGGAAAACAAGCCGGUCCCCCUCGACAGCAGAAAAGCAAAAGCAGCAGAAGCACCAGCAGAAGCAGCAGCAGACCCCCACCAAAGGUCCAGCAGACAAGCCCUUAGAUCUGUCUGCCAAAGUUGUGGAAUUUGGAGGUGCCCCAGAUGGAUACUCCCCCAAGGAAGAUGGAAUUGCCAGAAUGGGCCACUCACCGUCUGGUCGUUAUGGACUGCUUCUCCAGGACACCAUGUCCCCAUCCUCUUCUGCUGUGAGCGCCUCCUCCACUGCUCCUGAGAGACCUGAAAUGAUCAGCACUUUACGCUCCUCCUGGGUGGUUCCUGGCCCAGGCCCCCCAACCUCUUCACAAAGCAAGAGCCCAGCUGUGCUAAAAAACAAGACCCUGGAACGUGUUCUGCCCCAGCAACGCAGUUCCUCCUGCCCCAGGAUUGGGGAGUCAAACAGCUGCCCUACCAGUAAUCCAGUCCCUGGCUUGGUGCCGAGUUUGGGUCGUCCGGCUUCUGCCAGUCCAUCACCCAACGGCAAUGGCGAGUGGCCCAAGGCAAACGCUGAUCACUCUGAAAAAAUUGCCCCAGGCAACCAUGCUGGCAACCAGCCAUCCUCUGUCAAGCAUAACAAAGCAUACAAAAGAGGUGAGAGCCAGGAUUUGGGCUAUAAGCAGCAAAAACAGCAGCAGCAUCUGGAGAAUGGGCACACACCUAACCACCUGUUUCUACCACAGAACGAAGCCUUUCUCCCUCCUGCUUUGGCCUAUGCCAACAGAUACCUACCCUACCCUGUCCCAGAGGGAUUGCCCCUUGCUCAUUUACCUUUGCCAGGGAAAGGCCCAGUUUACCCACCUACAAUGAUGAUGGGCAGUGGCAGCCUCUAUCCGGCACGCCUGCCCCCAAAGCACAGUCUCCCUUAUGGACUGCCCACCUGCCGGGGAGAAUUUCUGUCUUACCAGGACUCCCAGGAGAUGAUUCACCCCUUGAUGUCGUCCCCCCGUGUGUCGCUGGAGGCUAAAGCCAGUGAGAGGCCUGAGCGGAGGUCGAAGUUGCAGGAUCGGCCUGGGCAGAUUGAGGAGUCUACUCCCAAAAGCCGUCCCACGACUGAAAGGAGUGACCCAACUUCCAGGCCAGGAAAGGAGACCCCAAUUGACCAGGCAAGCCAGAGUACAAAGGAGCACAGAAAGCCAGUGACGGACAAAGCAAGAAUUGUUUGCAUUGACUUGAUCCAGGACGAUGCAGAUCCGGGAACCAAACUGGCCAAACAAAGCAGUCCCAACAGCAAGAAAGGAGAUGCCACUAAGUUAGGUGGAUUUGAGGGUAAAGGACAGCAGCUGAAGGAGCUUCUCUCUAGUGUGGAUGCAGCUCUAAAACCUGCAGAGCCAGAAAGGCACCCAAGGAUCUGCAGCCCGUCCAAGCAGGAGGAGCAGGGUUGUGCCACCCCAAGCUUCUGCAGAGAACAGCACCUAUCUCCACACCAGAGUCAAGGCCAGGACAGCCCAGUCCGACCCAGGCCCCUCCUUGACUUUUCAGACCAGCAGACUUUCUGCUGUGCUAGGACGUCUGGGACAAGGGGGUUAGAGGAUAUAACCUCCAUCACUGAAAGGCUGGGUUUCCAUCAGCACCCCUUCCAACACCACCAGCACGGCUUUGACAAGGAAAGCCUGGAUGGGGACACACAUGAUGAUGAUGACGAUGACCACAACUCUGCCGGAUCUAGGAAGUCCAACCUGGCCAAGCGGAUUGCCAACUCGGCUGGUUACGUAGGCGAUCGCUUCAAGUGUGUCACCACCGAGCUGUACGCCGACACCAGCAAGCUGAGUCGCGAGCAGCGAGCACUGCAGAUGGAACGAUUAUCACAAGAGGACAGUAAUUUAAGUCAACCUGCUGCUAACUGUGAGCGUGCAAUGAUGCGUUUCUCCGAGCUGGAACUGAAGGAAAAGGAGGGCAGCGCGGCAGUGAGAGACCCUGCAGACAGGAGACACAGCGAGACGCCUUGGGAGGUACAGAGGGAGAGCAGAGAGAGGACUGCAAACAUUGGCAAGACAGGCCAGGAGACGGAGGCCUGUGGGGAAGGUGGGUUAGCUGUCCCUGAGAGCCACAGAGGUGUUGGCUUCCUAAACUGUGCUCCGGAAAAUGAACAGCUGGUUGAGGGGGGGGGCUUGCAGCCGGAGGAAAAACAACAAAGCCAGCCGAGGGAGGAUGUUGGCCUCCGCGCUCGCCCGGCACUGCCCAGGAAACGUAAACACAGCAAGGAAAGGCCACAGGAUGAGGGGAGCUGCUGUGACAGUGCCUCUGAGGAGCUGGGAGAGGACGGCAAAAGACAGAGGAUUCUGAGGGAUGACUGGCCGGAGAAGGGCUUUCCCAAUCCAUCUGCUGAGCACGUCUUGGAAGAGUCUUACUGCAAUGAAGUGAAGAAACUGAAAGUGUGCAUUGAGCUGACAGGACUGCACCCCUGCAAGCAGCGCCACCUCCAGCACCUCCGGGAGCUCUGGGAGCAGCAGCUGUCACCCGAGAGGCCGACACCGCCCCUAGCAUUGUCACCAACACCGGCCUCUCCCAUUGCACACAGCAGGAAGACUGACGCUGCUGAGCCCUGCCAGCCAGAGGCCACAGCAAACGAAAGGAAGGUCAAAGUCAGCUUGCCUGAAGAAAAGCCCAGCAGGAAAAGGUCAGAGGGCAAAAGCAAUAGAAGCUGGUCGGAAGAGCGUCUUUGUAGGAGUGAUACAGAGAAAGUUUUACCCACUCUUCCUGCCUCCCCACCGUGCAAAGGAGUGUGCCCUGAAUCGGGCUCGACCACAGAAGCUGUGCUCAGGAAAAAGACCCCCCAGUCUGGGUCCCGGCUCUCUGACAAGCGACAGAGGUUGAAGGAGCACCGCAAGACCAGCGGCUUGUGCAAGUCCCCCGUGGCAGGGAAGGAGUGCGACACGCCCAGGCUGCAAAGUGACUUUGAGAAACCCAAAGGGAAGCGGCAGUGCAAAACCAAACACAUCAGCUUGAGGGGACGCAGGAGGACAUCUGUGACCGGAGACGAGAGCACCGAUGCUGAGCACGGGGAAGAAAAGGUCGGCGUAGAGAGAUCCUCCAGAAAACGGACAGCCUCUAAUUCGGAUUAUGACUCUUCGGCGGCCAAGCCUUACGCCCCCAAGGCCUGCCCCAGCCUCCCACAGACUCCCAGCCUCUUGCAGUCGCCGAGCACCCACCCUUCCCCUCUGCCUGUUGGGAACCCCCCUCAGGAGACCCCCACCAGCCGGCCCAUGCCACCUGAAGCGCGAAGGCUGAUUGUGAAUAAGAAUGCCGGCGAGACGCUGCUACAAAGGGCUGCCCGCCUGGGUUACGAGGAAGUGGUUCUAUACUGCUUGGAAAAUAAGGUGUGUGAUGUGAAUCACCGUGACAACGCCGGGUACUGCGCUGUGCAUGAAGCCUGUGCCAGGGGCUGGCUGGCCAUCGUGCAGCAUCUCCUGGAGUAUGGAGCUGAUGUCAACUGCAGUGCCCAGGAUGGAACCAGGCCUCUACAUGACGCCGUGGAGAAUGACCACCUGGAUAUCGUUCGGUUGCUGCUUUCCUAUGGGGCGGACCCCACUCUCGCCACCUACUCCGGGCGCAGCAUUCUCAAGAUGACCCACAGCGACCUGAUGGAGAAGUUUCUGUCAGAGUACUUUGCUGACCUGCAGAGCCGAAGAGACGAUGACCCUGGCCUGUACUGGGACUUCUACGGCAGCUGUGUGUGCGAGCCAAAUGAUGAAACUGCAGCUUUUGACAUUCUGGCCAACCCACCGGGGCCCGGCGACACUGAUGAGGAGGAGGAGGAGGACUUUAAAGAAGUGUUUGCGUUCGAGUUCUCCGACCGCCCGCUCCUGCCAUGCUAUAACAUCCAGGUGUCUCUCUCUCAGGGGCCUCGGAACUGGCUGCUCCUUUCAGACGUGCUGAAGAGGCUGAAGAUGACGUCCCGCGGGUUCCGCUGCAGCUUCUCUCACAUCGAGGUGGUGACUAUCACAGAGGCAGAGUUUUACAAGCAGGCGUCGCUCAGCCAGCUCUUGACAUGCCCCGAGGACCUGGAGGCCUUCGUCCCCGACAGCAAGGAGCUGCUGGACCUGGUGGAGUUCACCAGCGAGGUGGUGCGGCUGCUGGGCUCCACGCUAGAGUGCCUGGAUGAGAAGCGGGGGGCAGCCACCGUCUCUCUGGACAGGUCCUGACCUUCCAGGCAAUCCAUUCACUGAACUCUCACCAGAGGAUUUAUAAAUAGAGAAAUUUAAAUAUAUAGGUAUAAAUAUUUGUACAUAGUGUACAUAUGUGCUACAUAUUGGAGAAAACAAAGACUGGAUAACAUCACUGCCUGGACAAUUGGAUUAUUCCAAUAUCAUUUAGAAUGAUUUUGUUUUUAAAGCUGUUUUUAUAGAUUGCUUGCUUUUUAAACACCUUCAUAAUGUCUUGUCUCCACCACCCCCAGUCAGAAUAAUGUAUACAUUUCCAGGGUCAAUUUUACAAUUUAUUUAAUUUGAAAAAACACAAUAUGAAAAGAGAAAAAAAUGCUAUAUAUAUAAUCUCUCUGCCACAUGACUUGAUAGUGAGAUUGUUUUUAUUGUUAUUAUGAUUUAUAAUUAUUUUUAUUUAACGUGGUGCACUUCCAAAUGUUUGAUAAUAGACUUGCCUGCCUCGGGUAGGUGAAAAUAUAUUGGUUGAAAUCAAGUUAUUUUUGAAUGUGAAUGAGUUAUUUUCCAGUCUAAGCAAGACACCUUUCCUAUUUUUUUUUUCUCUCAAAGUUUAAACUUCAGGAGAAAUUCUUUUAUACCUGUGUUCUGACUUGGUUUUGACUUUUGACUUUUUAUUUAAAGAUGAACAUUUUAAAAUAUUUUUUCAUGUGGUUUUUUGUAAGAUACUACAAAUAAAAGUACUAAAAUGUUUUGCGUAGUUUGGCAGGAAAACCAGCCUGAACUUUGUAUAUAAAAGGGUGAUGAUUACAGUAAAUGUUUCUGACUGAUGUGAGUAUUGUUUUUUGGAUCUGUGUUAAAACUUCUUUGUAAUUAAAACCAAAAAAACUUCUUAUUUGUAUUUAUAUUUUACAAAAAAAAGUUCCUUUAAAUAAAUGGCAAUAAAACAGUUAAAACUGUCA